AUGUCGUGUUUCUUGGCGUUGUUGAUUGCGUUGAGCACAUGGUCCGCACUGCUCCUGUGGACGCCUGUCGGCGCCGCAAACAUCCUGGCGGUGCAGUCGAUCGCGGGCAAGAGCCACUGGAACGUGAUGAGGGCUGUGUUGCGGGCGUUGACUGACCGCGGCCACACGGUAACCGUGUUCACGCCGUUUGUAGACGGUGACCGUCCCGGGUACACGGAGGUGGACGUGUCUGAGAAAGCUGUAGUGUUCCUCGCCAUGGACGCGACGUUCCUGAUCGAAAAGUUUGCCUCCAUGCGGAAAACGUUGCCGAGCAUGCUAAACUAUAGCCGGAUGAGUUGCGACAUGAUGAACGGUGACCAACGGAUGGUGAACAUCUUGGACGGGGUGGAUGCGCGGAAGUUCGAUUUGGUCAUCACUGAACCGAUGGCGUCCGAGUGCGUGGCGUACACGGCCACCGUGCUCCACGUUCCCAUGGUGUACGUCGUCCCGUUCCCGAUCGUCACGUUCCUGGAACGAUCGUUGACCGGCCACGCCCCAAAUCCGGCGUCCACAGGGCACUUGUUGUCUAGCCACGGCACACCCAAAACGUUUGCUCAGCGUUUCGUCAACGUUGUGUCGACCGUCUACUGUUCAGCGAUAAAGUGGUACGCUGAACGACAGCUGCAGCUUGCCGGCCAUCGACCUUACGACUCCGUAGACCUAGUCAAACCAUCGUUGAUUUUCAGCAACACGCAUUUCAUCAUCGAACCGGCUAGAUCGCUGACACCGGACGUUGUCCAAAUCGGAGGUAUACACCUGACAGCGCCGAAACCGAUACCAAAGGAUAUUUUAGAAUUCAUUGAAAACGCAACUCACGGCGUAAUUUACUUUUCGUUUGGAUCUAUGGUUUCGAUGUCGUCGUUACCGGAAAGUAUUCAGAGCGCGUUCCGAAAGGCGCUGGCUAGGGUUCCACAAAAGGUGUUGUGGAAAUACGAAGGUGAAAUGAAAGACAAACCGAAGAAUGUGAUGACGAGGAAAUGGAUUCCACAACGCGACAUACUUUUGCAUCCCAAAGUGAAACUUUUUAUCAGUCACGGAGGAAUAUCCGGAGUGUUCGAAGCCGUGGACGCCGGUGUGCCUCUACUGGGUUUUCCCAUUUACAACGACCAACCAAGAAAUAUUGACAAUCUAGUCGACACAGGAAUGGCGAUAUCUAUGGACCUGUUAUCUGUCACCGAAGAGACGUUUUUAAACGCCGUCUUGGAGAUUGUAAACGAUAAGAGGUACCAGAAAAACGCUAAAAUCGCUUCCGAACGGUUCAAAGACCGACCCAUGUCACCAGCGGAGUCGGUUGUGUACUGGACCGAGUACGUUUUACGUCAUAACGGAGCACCAAAUUUAAAAUCUCACGCUCUUGAUCUGACGUGGUAUCAAUAUUAUUUGGUUGAUGUUAUUUGCACAUUAUUAUUCAUUGCGUUUGUCAUUUUGUUCAUAAUUUAUUAUGGCCUAAAAAUAAUUUUUAAACACAUUAAUAAAUAUUUCGAUAAUCUCAAAGCAAAACGUGAAUAA